ACUUGUCCACAGAAACUUCAUUACCCAUGAAUCACAAAAAUGUCGCUUGGAUCUUUACGUAGAACGUCACAUGAUAAGGAAUUCAACAUGGAGGACAUUGGAGUAACUGUUGAAAAAAUUCAGGACGAAGUGCCUGCCAUGCUGAACUCACGACCCCAGACGGGGCUUUCUUUCCUGGCCCCAGAACCAGAAGAUCUUGAAGACCUUUACAGCAGAUACAAGAAGCUGCAGCAGGAGCUGGAGUUUCUGGAGGUGCAGGAGGAAUACAUCAAAGAUGAACAGAAGAACCUGAAGAAGGAGUUCCUCCACGCCCAGGAGGAGGUGAAGAGGAUACAGAGUAUCCCCUUGGUCAUCGGCCAGUUCCUGGAGGCUGUGGACCAAAACACAGCCAUCGUGGGCUCCACCACAGGCUCAAACUACUAUGUGCGUAUCCUAAGCACCAUCGACAGAGAGCUGCUGAAGCCCAAUGCGUCGGUGGCCCUGCACAAGCACAGUAAUGCCCUGGUGGACGUGCUCCCCCCAGAGGCUGACAGCAGCAUCAUGAUGCUCACAUCAGACCAAAAGCCGGAUGUGAUGUAUGCUGACAUCGGAGGGAUGGAUAUCCAGAAGCAGGAAGUGAGGGAAGCAGUGGAGCUUCCACUCACACACUUUGAACUCUACAAACAGAUUGGCAUUGACCCGCCCAGGGGGGUUCUGAUGUAUGGGCCUCCUGGCUGUGGGAAGACCAUGCUGGCCAAGGCUGUGGCUCACCACACUACAGCGGCGUUCAUCCGUGUGGUAGGCUCUGAGUUUGUGCAGAAGUACCUGGGUGAGGGCCCCCGCAUGGUGCGUGACGUCUUCCGGCUGGCCAAGGAAAACGCCCCCGCCAUCAUCUUCAUUGAUGAGAUCGAUGCCAUCGCUACCAAGCGUUUUGAUGCACAGACUGGAGCUGACAGGGAGGUGCAGAGGAUUCUGCUGGAGCUUCUCAACCAAAUGGACGGCUUUGACCAGACCGUCAACGUCAAGGUGAUCAUGGCCACCAACAGGGCCGACACCCUGGACCCCGCCCUACUGCGUCCGGGACGUCUGGACAGAAAGAUUGAGUUCCCCCUACCUGACCGCCGACAGAAACGCCUGGUCUUCUCCACCAUCACCAGCAAGAUGAACCUCUCUGAGGAGGUGGACCUGGAGGACUAUGUGGCCAGACCAGACAAGAUCUCCGGAGCAGACAUCAACUCUAUCUGCCAGGAGGCUGGCAUGCUGGCAGUCCGUGAAAAUAGGUACAUUGUCCUGGCCAAGGACUUUGAGAAGGCCUACAAGACAGUUAUCAAGAAGGAUGAGCAGGAGCAUGAGUUCUACAAGUAGAAAGUAACCCCCCUCUAAAAAAUAAAUAAAAAGGCAUUCACACAAUUUUGUGUGAUUUAUGUGUUUGUCUACUACCGUGUCCAUUUGUGGUUUCACAGACUGACUAAAACACACACACACACAGUGAAUGGACUGUGUCUUCAUGUUUUACUUGACUGCAGCUUGUAUAAUGGCCUAGAGUUUGUACCUGCAAUGUACUCACUGAUUAAACAGUACUCUAAAAAAUAUUAAAAUAAAAAAUUUAAGAAAAGUA